CCGACAACUCUGAACAUCGUACCCAAUCCCCCCGAAAGUACCAAAAUUUGUACCAGUACUAACAGGGAGACUACACUUGGUAGCAUCUGGUCUCCGCUCUGCAGCUGAGCUAUCUGUUUCACUUGUCAAUUUAUCACUCCAAAAAUUUCCUCUUCCUCGAUCUAAAAAGAUCGUUUUAGAAUUGGGCUUUUGAGUGCUUGGCUUCCCACUCGAGCAAAAUCACCUGGACCUAGUAGCUAGUUGUGGUACUACGCUCUGCCUCUCUCUUCUAUUUCUGGUGUUUUCGUUCCUUUCUUUUCCUCCCCAUAUUCUGGGUUUGCCCAAGAAAGUUGAGCAGAACAGGGCACUAUUUUUGAAGAAGGUAGCUUUGUGAGGAGCAGAGUGUGUCCCUGCAAUAGCCAACGGAAGAGAAGAAAGAUUCGGAAAACCAAAAAAAAAAAAAAAUCUGGGUAAAACUAGGAGCUGUUGAUUUUAUGCAGCGGGUGGCACUUUUAUCUCGGCACGAACAAGAUGAACAGGAAGCAGCAGUUAUCAGCAACAAGUGGUGGGUUGGUCAAAGAUAUUAUUGUCUUUCUUAUAGUUUUGCUUCUCAGCUGUGGCUUUUUGGUGUCAAAUGCUCGACAAAUCUCAACCAAGCAACCAGCUAUUGGUAAUGAAGUAAGCAGCUUAUUGGCCUUCAAGCAGUCCUCAGUUGAUGCUGAUCCAAAUGGAUUCUUGACAGAUUGGUCCUUAACUUCUUCCAGCCCUUGUUCAUGGGCUGGUGUUUCAUGCUCUGGCGAUGGGAAAGUCACUCAGCUCAAUCUUGUAAAUGCAGGGCUUAGAGGUCACCUUCACAUAUCUGACCUCAUGGCUUUGCCUCGUCUUGCCCAGCUUCAUUUUAGUGGCAACCAUUUUUAUGGCAAUCUUUCAUCAACAGUCCAGUCUUGCAGCUUUGAGAUUCUUGAUUUGUCUGCCAAUGAUUUGUCAGAACCACUUGCUGUAGAUUCUUUGUUGCAAUCCUGUAACCGUUUAUCCCUUCUGAACCUCUCUCGAAAUUCAAUCCCAAGUGGCAAUAUCAAGUUUGGGUCUUCCUUGUUGCAACUUGACCUCUCCAGGAACAAAUUUUCUGAUUUGAGCCUUUUGAGUUAUUCUCUAUCAAACUGCCAAAACUUGAAUCUGCUUAAUUUGUCAGACAAUGGUCUGACAGGAAAGUUGAAUAGCUCUCUCUCUUCUUGCAGGAGCCUCUCUGUUCUCGACCUUUCUUGCAACAAUUUUUCCGGAGAUAUACCAGCUACAUUAAUAGCAGCUGCACCUGUGUCUUUGAAAAUUCUUGAUCUUUCUCAUAAUAACCUUACAGGCGAUCUUGUGAACCUUGGAUCUGGUACUUGCUCUAAUCUCACUGUGCUCAAUCUCUCUUUCAACAGUCUUUCUGCAACCGGAUUCCCUUUUGGUUUGACCAACUGCCAGAAGCUUGAAACAUUGGAUGUUGGCCAUAAUGCCCUCCUCCUCAAGAUUCCUGGGGACUUGUUGGGGAAGCUCAAGAAUUUGAAGAAAUUGGUUUUAGCCCAUAAUCAGUUUUUUGGGGAGAUUCCAGCAGAGCUGGGGCAAACUUGUGCAACUCUUGAGGAGCUUGAUCUUUCUUCAAACCAGUUAAUAGGUGGCCUACCUUCAAGCUUUGGUCCGUGCUCUUCACUCUUUAGCCUCAGCCUCGGCCACAAUCAACUUUCUGGGGAUUUUCUGAGCUCAGUUGUCAGUUCUCUGGCAAAUCUCAAGUAUCUUUCCGUACCGUUCAACAACAUAACUGGUCCUCUGCCACAAUCCUUGACAAACUGUAGUCGGCUUCAGGUGCUUGACCUCAGCUCAAAUGCCUUAACAGGGAAUGUACCUGCUUGGUUUUGCUCAACAUCAUCAGAUUCUGCUCUGGAAAAGUUAAUCUUGCCUGACAAUAUUUUAGCUGGGACGGUGCCAUCACAGCUUGGACUAUGCCGAAAUCUGAAGACAAUUGAUCUUAGCUUCAACUUUCUGACUGGUCGAAUUCCUCAGGAGAUAUGGACCUUACCCAAUCUUUCAGACAUGGUCAUUUGGGCUAACAAUCUCAAUGGAGAAAUACCAGAAGGCAUAUGUGUCACAGGAGGGAAUCUUCAGACCUUAAUUCUCAAUAACAAUUUCCUUACCGGAAGCCUCCCGGAGUCCCUCGCUAAUUGCACAAAUUUGAUAUGGGUUUCUUUGUCCAGCAACAGACUUACUGGGCAAAUCCCUUCAGGUAUUGGGAAUCUGGUUAAUUUAGCAAUCCUUCAGUUGGGUAACAAUUCUCUUGCUGGACCAAUUCCACCAGGAAUAGGAAAGUGCAGAAGCCUGAUAUGGCUUGAUUUGAAUAGUAAUAAUCUGACAGGCCCCAUCCCCUCAGAGCUUGCUAACCAAGCUGGACUUGUUCGCCCGGGAAUUGUUUCUGGGAAGCAGUUUGCAUUUGUGAGAAAUGAGGGGGGAACAGCAUGCAGAGGUGCCGGUGGGCUAGUUGAAUUCGAAGGGAUUCGUGCGGAUAGGCUAGCUAAUUUUCCUAUGGUCCACUCUUGCCCAACAACCAGGAUUUACUCUGGGGUCACAGUUUACACCUUUGCUAGCAAUGGUAGCAUGAUUUACCUUGAUCUUUCUUACAAUGGUUUUUCAGGCAAUAUUCCUGAAAAUUUAGGUUCAAUGAGCUUUGUGCAGGUUCUGAAUAUGGGCCAUAAUAAUUUAUCUGGGAAUAUACCCUCCAGCUUUGGAAGUUUAAAGUUCGUUGGAGUUCUUGAUCUCUCACACAAUAAUCUUCAGGGUUUUAUCCCCUGGUCAUUGGGUGGCCUCUCAUUUCUUAGUGAUUUUGAUGUUUCAAACAACAACCUUUCAGGGCCUAUUCCUUCAGGUGGGCAGUUGACUACUUUUCCGGCUGCCAGAUAUGAGAACAAUUCAGGCCUUUGUGGACUUCCUCUGCCUGCAUGUGGCUCUGGAAAUGGACACCAUUCAUCAAUCUAUUAUCGUGGAGGGAAAAAGCAGCCUGUAGCUGUCGGGAUGGUCAUAGGCAUAAUGGUCUCUCUUUCCUGUAUAUUCUUGCUUGUUUUUGCUCUUUACAAAGUGAAGAAACACCAGGAGAAGGAGGAAAAGAGAGACAAAUAUGUUGAAAGCCUUCCAACAUCUGGCAGCAGCAGCUGGAAAAUUUCUAGUGUGGCUGAGCCUCUAAGCAUAAAUGUGGCCACAUUCGAGAAGCCUCUGCGGAAGUUGACCUUUGCACAUCUGCUCGAAGCAACGAAUGGGUUCAGUGCUGACAGCUUGAUUGGUUCUGGGGGUUUUGGUGAGGUGUACAAGGCCCAACUUAGAGACGGUAGUGUUGUUGCAAUCAAGAAACUCAUCCAUGUAACAGGUCAGGGAGACAGAGAAUUUAUGGCAGAAAUGGAGACCAUAGGAAAAAUCAAGCAUCGAAAUCUGGUCCCUUUGUUAGGUUAUUGCAAGAUUGGAGAAGAGAGGCUUCUCGUGUACGAGUAUAUGCAGUGGGGAAGCCUGGAGGCUGUUCUUCAUGAGAGCAAUAAAGGAGAGGGUACAAAGCUUGACUGGGCAGCUAGAAAGAAGAUUGCCAUUGGCUCAGCAAGAGGACUAGCAUUUCUUCACCACAGCUGCAUACCUCACAUAAUCCAUCGGGACAUGAAGUCUAGCAAUGUCCUUCUGGAUGAAGACUUUGAGGCUAGGGUGUCUGAUUUUGGUAUGGCAAGAUUGGUGAAUGCCCUUGACACUCAUCUCAGUGUGAGUACACUUGCUGGGACUCCGGGAUAUGUGCCCCCUGAAUAUUACCAGAGUUUCCGGUGCACAACUAAAGGGGAUGUCUACAGCUACGGUGUUAUAUUGCUGGAGCUUCUUUCAGGCAAGAAGCCAAUUGACACAUUGGAGUUUGGCGAUGACAAUAAUCUGGUUGGGUGGGCUAAACAGCUGCAUAGAGAUAAACGAAGCCAGGAGAUACUUGAUCCUGAAAUAAUCUCAUCAUUAUCGGACGGGACGGAACUUUACCACUAUUUGAACAUUGCCUUUCAGUGCCUAGAUGAUAAACCCUUCCGCCGGCCAACAAUGAUCCAGGUGAUGGCCAUGUUCAAAGAGCUACAGGUAGAUUCCGAAAGUGAUAUACUUGAUGGGAUCUCAGUUAAAAACUCAGUAAUCGAAGAAUCACAAGAAAAGGAGCUUCCAUGAUCAUCUUGUCAGCAAGAACGUCCCUUACCACGUUUUGUAUGAAACUAGGGCAUGGACCGUGUAGAUUCAUCUAGCUGAUUAGAACCUUAAAGGGAGAGACUGAGAUUUAUACUAGAUAUUCUGCCACUGUAGAUAAUAGAAUUCUGAGGAAGACAAAAGCAAUGGAGAAAGUUACAGGGACAUGCAUGUGGGUAUUCUCUCUGAUGCUCAGACUCAGAUUGGAGUGGCUUCAUUUCACUUCCUUUGUUUAGUCUUCUGCAAAGGGGAACGGAUAGUUGCGUUCCUUUUUCCAUUUGUUUUGUUGUCUCUCAAGUUUUGCUAACUGAUUGCUAAAUUGCAACUUAUAUGUCCACCUGUUAGUCCUAUGUUCAUAUUAGCUAUGGGGAUUGAACCAUGUACAGUUUUGAGCUGGCCUUGUAGAAACGACUUUCCUUUGGAUUAAUCUAGUCAGAAGAGAUUUGUUUACGUUGAUUUGAAGCUCUUAUUGCUUGCAAGACAUUUACAUGGCGGUUGAAUGCAGUGGAAGAAGAUUUGCUCCUGAGGUUGAAAUCUACUUGUCAGAUGCACUUCAUGCUCGAAAAACUUUACGACCUUCGCAUGCAGUCUUCUUUGGUUUCAGAAUUUUCUCACUCUGUUGUUAGUAAGCAGCCGUGCAUUUGCUCCGUGAAAUUUUCAAAAUUUUUUUAAAUUUUAAAAUAAAUACAAUACGCCUUAGAGCUGAAAUUGGGCAAAGAAAAGCUCAAA